AUGGAAUUUGCUCUGAAUAAGAUUGAUAAACAGUGGGACAAUUACAAAAGUGUUAAUCAGCAUAUGAAUGACCUGAAAAGGAAAGUAAUGGAAUUGAAUGGUAUGAAGGAAGAUACUUAUUCUAGAAUGAGCGCAGAGCUGCUGCCAAGAAAGAAACCCAAGAGGAAUGUCCAGAUAUGGUUGGAAAAUGUCGAAAGAAUCAAUGGCGAAGUACAAAACCUUGACGGAAAAAUCGGUGAAAGCAGUCGUUUUACACGUGGAUCUCAUGCAGACAAUGUGUUAAAGACGAUAAGCGAAGUUGAGGAACUUACUCAACAAGGCAAAUUUCAAGAUGGUUUGGUGGUUGAUGAUCCUCAAUGGAUUGGACAGGUUUUGUCGACAACAACUUUAUCGGGUGAAGGUGCAAAGGCCUGUGUAGAAGAGAUUUGGCAAUGCUUGAUGGAUGAUGAGGUUGGAAAGAUUGGAGUUUGGGGGAUGGGUGGUGUGGGGAAAACAAGCAUCAUGAAGCUUAUAAACAAUCUACUCUUAGAAGAGACGGGAAGGUUCGAUAUUGUGAUUUGGACCACUGUAUCCAAGGAGAUGAGUAUUGCUAAACUACAAAAAGACAUGGCAAGUAAGAUUGGAGUAAGCUUUUGUGGUGAUGAAGAUGAAAUAACAAGGGCAGGGAUGCUGUUUGAAGGAUUGUCACGAAAGCGUAGGUCUGUGAUCAUCUUGGAUGACCUAUGGCAGGAGGUUCCCCUUGACAAGGUAGGAAUUCCUGAGCCAUCUAGUGGGAGUAAAUUAGUGUUGACGACACGAUCAUUUGAUGUGUGUCGAAAAAUGAGUUGUAGAGCAAUUAAAGUCAAGCCUUUGGUGGAAGAAGAGUCGUGGAAGCUGUUCUCGGAGAAGGUGGGUCGGGGUAUUCUAAAUAUUCCAGAAGUGGAACCAAUUGCAAAAAAGAUUGUUGAGCGCUGUGCGGGUUUACCCUUGGGAGUAAUUACUGUAGCUUCUUGUAUGAAGGACAUUGAUGACCUUUAUGAAUGGAGGAAUGCACUAAAGGAGCUAAGUGAUCGCAAAAAAAGUGUUAAUGGAUUGGAAGAAGAGGUGUUCCAGCAGUUGCGAUUUAGUUAUGAUCGUUUGAAGGAUCCAAAACUUGAACAUUGUUUCCUCAGUUGUGCAUUAUAUCCUGAAGAUUGGGGAAUUGAGGAGAGAGAGCUUGUUCGACUUUGGAUUGCAGAAGGGCUUGUGGAAGAAAUGGAUAGCAGGCAGGCAGAGUUUGACAGGGGUCGUGCAAUAAUGAGUAGACUCUUAAACAAAUCUUUGUUAGAAGUUUUUUCUGAAACUAAAGAUGAAAGAUGUGUAAAGAUGCACGAUCUUGUAAGGGAUAUGGCAUUACAUAUCACAAGUGCAAAACCUCGAUUUUUUGUAAAAGUAGGCAUGGGAUUAAGGGACCCACCAAAUGUGGAAGAAUGGAGUGAGGAUUUGGAGAAGGUUUCAUUGAUGAGGAAUUGGGAGUUAGAAUUUCUGUAUCCCUUGGAAAUGUCACCACCAAAGUGUCCGAUGCUCACAACAUUGUUGCUGUGUGGUACUGGUAUACGGAGUAUACCGGAAGGUUUCUUCAGCCAUAUGGAUGGACUCAAGGUUCUUGAUCUUACUGGGAAUUUUAUUGAGAGUCUCCCAAAUUCCAUAUCAAAUUUGAAGAAUCUCACUGCGCUGUUGCUUGCUGUUUGUUCUUAUUUAAAGUAUGUGCCAUCAUUGUCAAAUCUUCGAGCUUUAAAGGAGUUGGAUCUUAGAGGAACAGCUAUCAAGGAAGUCCCUCAUGGAAUGCAAAACUUGUCGAGCCUCAAGUGCUUAAAACUACGCUGUUGGAACAUAGAUGAGAUCCCGAAUGGAAUAUUCCCCAGACCUUCUUGCCUUCAAGAAUUGAAUGUUGGUGGAGCGUUCAUAAGUGGAAAAGAGGCUGGUGAGUUGAAGAAAUUGGAAACCUUUGAAGGGGCGUUUUACGACUCUCACAACUUCAACGUGUAUGUCCAAGCUUUUCAUGGUCGAGAAGAGCCUCGUCAAUACUUCAUCGUUGUGGGUGAAAGAGGAAUGGAAAUGGAAGAUUCUGCAUCAAAAACGAUUGCAUUAGAGGUUGGUAGAGUCUAUCCCAAUCAGAUUAUGCUUCCACGUCACAUUGAGAAAUUGGUUGUCUGUGAUAACGGUACAGAGUCUCAUGAAGAAGAAUACCUGGUUUUCUGCAGCUUGAGGUUUCGUAUUGUGGCCAACUGGAGGAAAGUCCAGAUAUGGUUGGAAAAUUUCGAAAGAAUCAAUGGUGAAGUACAAAUCCUUGACGGACAAAUCGGUGAAAGCAGUCGUUUUACAUGUGGAUUUCAUGCAGACGAUGUGUUAAAGAGGAUAAGGGAAGUUGAGGAACUUAUUCAACAAGGAAAAUUUCAAGAUGGUUUGGUGGUUGACGAUCCUUAA